AAAAAAAAAAAAACACUUCGCCGGACGCGAGCAGCCAUGGAUGAUGGCCUUCGACAGCCUCGUCGCAUUUGCCGGUUUAUCUCUCUCUAGGGGGAAGAAACCAGUAGAUGCGCGCGGUGCAGCAGUGGAUGACGACACGAGCACGCCAGAGACACACACACCAUACCCGUCCUUGCUCUGCUGUUGGCAACGACGAAACCCGCCCCUGGUCGCGCCUUGGUGCGUUGCCUGCGGUUGCGGUUGAUCGGUCGCAGCAGAAGAGGACGGACGGACAGGCUGUCGCUGAUGGUGAAUUACUUGAUCUAAUCUGACACGCACAAAAUGCUGCCCGCGCG